UCCCCCUCUUCCUCUUCCUCUUCCUCUCGCCCGGACGCCCGCUCACGGCACCCGGAACCCCUCAUCGCAUCGGAGGUGGCGGUGGAGACGGGUCGGCAAUUAAUUCCUCGUCGACGGAACCAACCGUUGAGACCCAAGUGCGACCCACCCAAUUAACAGCCCCGGGGUGGGGGGAGCUAAUUAAGGGGAGGGGUCCAGGAUGCCGAAGGGGCCACGGCAGCGCCCGGCGGAGCGGUACCGCCUGAAGUACAGCCGUCUGCGGCGGGCGGCACGGGCCCUGGUCUUCGAGAAUGGUGCCCUCUGCGAUGAGGUGGCCCGUCUGGAGGCCAAGUGCCUGCGGGCGCGGGACGAGCGCCGCUUCCUCCUCACCCGUCUUCUCCAGCUGCGGGCCAUGGCCGGCCCCGAGGAGGUCCCCGGGGAGGUGACCGGCCGCCGGCCCCGUCGCCGAGAUGGAGGGAAAGACGGCGGGCGGUCAACUGGAGGGUCAAGAGAUGGGUCGAGGCCAAUGGGGUCCAGAGAUGGAGCGCGGGCCACGGGGCCAAGAGAUGGACCAAGGGAUGAGUUGAGGCCAACAGGGCCAAGAGACGGACCAAGGGACGAGGCGAGGACAACGGGCUCAAGGCCUGUGGGGUCGAGGGACGGGGCGAGGCCAACGGGGUCCAGAGAUGGGCCAAGAGAUGGUGGCCACGGAGACGGGUCCCGGUCCAAUGGGCUGAGGGACGGGUCAAGAGACGGUUCGCGGACAAUGGGGCCAAGAGACGAGUCCAGAGACGGGCUGAGGCCAACGGGGCCUCGGGAUGACCUGAGGCCCAACGGGCCCAGAGGUGGCCCCAAGCUGGACAUGCCGCCGGCCACCAUCUUGAUGCCACCGGAGGACACCCCCAGCCCAGCUGGGCCACCGGCCGCCAUCUUGAGGACACCCCCCCGUCGGCGCGGCGGGGCCUUGACCUUGCCCUUGGUGUUGGGCCCCUUGACGGUGCACAGCCUGGGUGUGGGUGGUGUGGGGCCGGGGGCCAUCUUGCCCUUGGGCUUCCGUAGCACCCGCCUCUUCGCCAGCACCCGCCGGCCGGCCCGGCGCUGCCUCUACACGUGCCGGAUCGUGGCCGGUCCCCGCUGCGAGAUCGUGGCCGAGGACGACCCCGGGAGGGUGCUGGUGGGCCCCACGCCCGACGUCUGCCAUGGCCGCCUCCUCCAAGCCCUGGGGGAGGCCGGGGGGAGGCCCCGGGCGAUGCCACCGGCCCCCGGGGCCGGCGACGACUUCUUCGGCCUCAGCCACCCCACAGUCCGGCAGCUCCUCCAGGGGGAGGCUGGGGCCUUCCUCCACCCCGAGGAUGAGGAGGAGGAAGAGGAGGAAGAAGAGGACGACGACGACGAUGAUGAGGACGACGAUGAGGAGGAGGAGGAAGAAGGGGCUGCCCCAACCUUCGCCUACGCCGACAUCUUCCUCGGCAGCCCCACCGGCUCCGAUGAGUGACCCCACACAGACACAACCCCCUGGUCCCCCAAAUAAAUGACCCCACCUUC